AUGGCCCCGCACCGCAUCCACGUCGCCAUUCUAGACGCCGACAUCCCCUGUCAAUCCGUCUACGCCAAACGAGGCCUCUACAGCUCCCAAUUUAAGACCCUCCUCCAAGCCGCCGCAACAAGGCUCAACAAAAAUGAUACCAGUGACCCCUCAUCCCCACUAUCCGUGCACGUCACAGCCUUCGACGCAGUGGGCGGAUCCCUCCCACCACUUGAAUGUCUACGCAGCACGUCGCAAAAUGCAGCAGAGCCACCAGCUUCAACUCCACCAACAUUCAGCGCCAUCGACGCAAUCCUAAUUACCGGCUCUUCGGCAUCGGCCUAUGAUCCGCACCCGUGGAUUAGCUCUCUUGCCACUUUCAUUCAAACCGUGUAUAAAGAUUACCCGCUCGUCAAGAUCUUCGGUUCAUGCUUCGGUCACCAAAUUAUUGCUCAGGCUCUUCUCUCUUCACAGCCAGCUGAAGUCGGAUUAGGCCUUACUCCGAGUCUUGGGGGUGAUGCCAAUGCCAUUGCCAACAAACAAGCAACAACUCAAACUCAAACUCAACCCUUCCACGUGAAACAUUCAUCAAAAGGCUUCGAAAUGGGCAUUCAACCCAUAACCCUAAAUCCAGAAUUCACAGCCCACUUCCCACCCCUCGCACGCGCACACGCAUCAAAUCCAUUCCGCAUCCAACUAAUCCACGGCGACAUUGUUGUCCCCACCUCCACCGAAGACUCGGAGAAAGAAGAAGAAGCAAAACUCCCAGCACCAUGGAUGAAUAUCGGAUACAGCGCAUCCUGCCAAAUCCAAGGCCUUUACCUGCCCGGCCGGAUCUUGACGUACCAGGGACACUUUGAAUUCGAUGCUUGGGGGAAUGCGGAGCUUAUGAGGUAUUUUGGAGGGAGGCUUGGGUGGGAGGGGAGUAUUGUGGGGGAUUAUAUUGGGUUGAUUGAGCGGUCGCUUGUUCCUGGGCGGGAUGAUGAUGAUGAUUCUAAGGCUGCGGCUGAGGCGGUGGUUCUUUUGUUUGCUGGGUGGGAUGGGAAUGGUCAAGUUGAAGGUCACGGUGGUGCGACGGGUGGCCCGGGGGUUGUGGAGGUUGAUGGGAUGUUGACGCCGCCGUUGGAGAUGAGUGGUUGA